AUGGAAGCACCAGCCACCGCUGGUACCUCCUCUCCCGGUUCCACAGGUUCCACCUCAGGACCAGGAACUGUCUCGGCCGCUCGCUUGCGUCACCGAGUGUACGGUCACCUACUGGUGAACGUGCAGCCAGGGUCCAGACUGCUGAGUACGCUUACCAUGUCAGGACCCAGGCACGGAGCAGAAGAUGGUUUCGGCCUCAACGAGGACUUGGAAGAGUUGGAGGAUGGUAUCGGCUGUCUCCUGUCAGGUGCACUCUCAGCCCCCCCUGACACUGGUGGCAGACGCUUCACCUGCCAGGGACCCCCAGCCGAGGAAGAAGAAGGUGGCCUCGCCCCCCCUAAGGAGCCUCGCACAGAGACUUCUAAGGGUCUGUCUCACUCCGGUGAGACAGGUGGGUCUUCCGCUGGUCCUCCCGUUCCUCCAGGAACGGGGCCUGUCUCUCCUUCCCCAGGGAAGAAGACAGGGACCAUAGGAGUACCGGUACCUCUCCCGGAUCCAGAGGUUCCACCUCCGGACCAGGAACUGUCUUGGCUGCUCGCUUGCAAGCGUCAUCGAGUGUAG